CGACGGGAAAGGCCUGAGCAUCUGGGACGCCUUCGCUCACAAGACAGGAAAGAUCUUCUCCAACGCCACGGGAGACUCCUCCUGACGACGUUGGUUUGAUGAAGGACAUGAAGCUGAACCAUUAUCGUUUCUCUAUCUCCUGGCCACGGAUUUUACCAAACGGACUGAAAAAUGAACAGAUCAAUGAAAAAGGACUCAAAUACUAUGACGACCUGAUAAAUAUGCUACUGGAGAAUAAGAUCACUCCUGUAGUCACUCUGUACCACUGGGAUCUGCCACAGCUGCUCCAGGAGAGGUACGGGGGAUGGCAGAACGGCAGCAUGAUCAACUACUUCAACGACUUUGCAAAUCUGUGUUUUGAGAAGUUUGGAAACAAAGUGAAGUACUGGAUCACGUUUAAUAAUCCAUGGUCCAUUGCCGUGGAAGGAUAUGAGACGGGUGAACACGCUCCAGGGCUGAAGCUGAGAGGAGUCGGCGCGUACAAGGCUGCGCAUAACAUCAUAAAGGCUCACGCUAAAGUCUGGCACACCUACGACACACAGUGGAGAAGCAAACAGAAAGGUAUGGUGGGCAUCUCCCUGACCGCAGACUGGGGCGAGCCUGUGGACAGCACAAACCAGAGGGACAUCGAGGCGGCGGACCGAUACAUGCAGUUCUCUCUGGGCUGGUUCGCUUCACCUGUUUUCUACGGAGAUUACCCCCAGGUCAUGAAGGAGUACAUCGGUCGUAAGAGCGGUCAGCAGGGCCUGGGUCUGUCCCGCCUGCCCGUGUUCACACCCCAGGAGAAGAGCUACGUCAAAGGCACCUGCGACUUCUUGGGUGUGGGGCAUUUCACCACGCGCUACGUCACCCAGAGGAACCAGCCCUCCGCUCUGGGAGACAGCUACUUCACCGACCGAGACCUGGCCGAGCUGGUGGACCCUGUGUGGCCGGACCCUGGAUCUGAGUGGCUCUACGCUGUGCCCUGGGGUUUCAGACGAAUGCUCAACUUUAUCAAGAGUCAGUACGGAAACCCCAUGGUGUACGUGACGGAGAACGGCGUCUCGGAGAAGAUGAUGUGCACCGACCUGUGUGACGACUGGAGAAUCCACUACUACAAGGACUACAUCAACGAGAUGCUCAAAGCUGUUAAAGAUGGAGUGAACGUUAAAGGUUACACGGCCUGGUCGCUCCUGGAUAACUUCGAGUGGGACGAGGGUUUUUCCGAGAGAUUUGGACUUUUCUACGUCGACUUCAGCAGCAAAAAUAAACCUCGUUAUCCCAAAGCGUCAGUGCAGUAUUACAAACGCAUCAUCAGCUCCAACGGCUUCCCCAACCAGAGAGAGGUGGAGAGUUGGAAGAGGAAAUCUAAAGAGAUGUGCUCCACCAGUAAUCAGUUACUGGCUGCAGACCCUUUGAUCGGCCACAUGGAGCUGGUGACGGAGAUAGUCGUCCCCACAGUCUGCACACUCUGUAUCCUCCUCAGCGCUGUGCUCCUCAUGUUCCUGUUGCGGAGGCGUUUUUAAAAAGAAAAUGUAUUUUAAAAAAACACAGGAACAAUGUAAAGGGACUAUAUUACAUUCACACAUGUUUAACACACAAACCCUGCAUAUUUAGACUGAAUUCUUCUCUGAAACUAAUAAUAAAGGAUUACUCAGACAUGUGUGAAUGAAACAAAACACAACUCUGGUGAUUUUUUUUUAAAGAGGUAACAACACAAUCCAUUUUGUGUAAUAUAGGACCUUUAACCAGUCAAAAAGGUUUACAAUAUUUUAGACUACUUCCUAUCAUGUAGAACAACCAGAAAUAAUAGUAGACUUACCUUAGCAUUGUAUAUGACUUAUUUGAACUUACCUGAGUGAGCUUUUUGUAAUGUGAUUCUGCUUUUUAAGGUGAUCAUUUUCAAGUUAAA